UAAACGCCGAAAAAGAACGCGUCGAGACAAAACUCUCAAGCUUGAUGAUUUCCUGUUGCACUGCACGCAUUCGCAGUAUGCACUAGAAGUACGCGUUCCUUCACGGGUAGAUGGACACGUCACGGUUGUUUGAAAAAAUUCAUGCUUUUCAGCUUUUGCUAAAGUUCGGCAUUCCCUAGAUUUUCUGAUACAUUUUACAUUACUCUGAAUUCUUUUAUUCAAACAUUUUGAGUAGAACCUCUUUUGGUCGUUUUGUUACUUUCUAAACAAUAUCAUUCUGCGCAGUUUGUUGCUGUUUACCUGGGUUGCUGAUCUGCCAUCUGCUUCAAAGUUCUCAGCUGACACUGCACAGUGUACUUAUAACUUACAAUUAAUUCGUUAACUUUGUGAAGCCACCUGGAGCAGCCUGGAGCUUGCUGGCAGUUUUCAACUCCUCCGUCAAGAUGUCUAGCACGAAGCAGCCUCGCGAGAAGAUCAGCAAAAUGUCCGGGGAAGUCGUCGACAGCAACCCGUAUUCGCGACUGAUGGCGCUGAAACGCAUGGGCAUCGUGGAGGACUACGAAGCCAUCCGUCAAAAGACCGUGGCCAUCGUCGGCGUCGGAGGGGUGGGCAGUGUGGCCGCCGAGAUGCUGACACGCUGCGGGGUGGGGAAGUUGAUCCUCUUCGACUACGACAAGGUGGAGCUGGCCAAUAUGAACCGUCUGUUCUUCCAGCCGGAUCAGGCCGGCCAGAGUAAAGUGGAGGCCGCCGCGACGACACUCUCCUUCAUUAAUCCCGAUGUCACCAUCGAGGUGCACAAUAUGAACAUCACUUUGAUGGACAAAUUUGAUCUGUUUAUGGAGCGGAUUCGACGGGGCCAUCCGGGGGUACAGGGCCCGGUGGAUCUGGUGCUGAGUUGUGUGGAUAAUUUCGAAGCGCGGAUGGCGAUUAACAAGGCCUGCAACGAGCUCAAUCAAGUGUGGAUGGAGUCGGGUGUCAGUGAGAACGCUGUUAGCGGACACAUCCAGACCAUCAUUCCAGGAGAAACUGCUUGUUUCGCCUGUGCACCGCCAUUAGUCGUGGCUUCUCAAAUCGAUGAACGCACACUGAAACGUGAAGGCGUCUGUGCCGCCAGUCUGCCCACCACCAUGGGCAUUGUUGCCGGAUUAUUGGUUCAGAACAGUCUGAAGUAUCUAUUGAAAUUCGGCAAGGUAUCCAUGUAUGUCGGCUAUUCGGCGCUGGAGGAUUUCUUCCCCACUUGGGAACUCAAGCCCAAUCCGCAGUGUGAUGAUCGGCAGUGCGUCCAUCGUCAGGCUGAUUUCCACAAGAAUCCCGUCAGCCGGAAGAUGGAUUUCAUGCUGAAAGCGGAGGAGACAGCCGCACCCGUGCAUGAAGAGGACUUUGGUAUUGUCGUAGUGGAUGAGACAGCCGCGAAGGAUUUGCAGGAUGAUACUAAAGUCACGGAAGGAUUACGGAGUGAAUACACCAAGGACGAUCAAGGAACGAGUGCGGGGCAAGGCGAUGCUGUAGCGGAUACGAAUGAAAGUAUCGAGGAUCUUAUGAAACGGCUCGGAUCUUUAUGAAGCGUUCAUUCCGUGUAGUUUUUCCAGAAUUUUUAUGAUUACUUACCGAUACCGGUGUUUGUACGUUUUUUUUUCUAAUUUUGUAUGCGUUAUCAGGUUGUUAACUUAGGGCAAAGUUUUGCGCAAAACGUUUUUAAUGACAAGUUUUGAAAGGGGAGAGACAAAUUGUGCCGCUGAAUUGAACGAAUCAUGCAUCAUCGCAAUGUAGCACACUUGCAAAUGUGUGCUGUAAUCUUCUAUACGAGUAUAAUCCUUAUAAGAGUGCA